GGGGGAUAUAAGUCUACGUAAGCGUGUUUGUUAUUCGGAGUGUCUAAUUUGACUUUAAUCAUUGUGGUCUAAGUAACAAUAUUUGUUCUCCACGAACACAGUCUAUCCUUAACUACGUGAAUGUCUGGAUAACUGAGUUAUAAGAAAGCUAUUUAUCUAUUUGUAACAGCCCAAAGAAAACCUAAUAUUGACCCACCAAUCAAAUGAACUGAACUUGUAAUUACUAUUAUAGUUUGUGUUAUUGAAGAAUGUGUGAUGAGGUUGAUUCAAGUAGGAUGAAUACAGUCAGAGUGAUUACAGUUAGAUCAACUUCAACUUCAUCUCAACAAGAUACUCCCUCAAGUCCGUCAAGAGUCAGUGACACUGGUAAUCGUAGUGCCCUCAAUCAGGAUUCUGAUAUAGAUUCUAAUGAAGAUGAAAUAUCCUGUAAAGAUAAUGAAAAGAUCAGAAAAUUCUUGGAUUCUACUGUUUCUGUUUUUGAACUAAUCGAUCAAACGAGUUAUUUGCAACAAUAUCCAAGCUGGCUUGGAUAUUGUGGUCCAGAAAAUAAAAAGAAAUACACUCCAACCUAUAUUAAUCGAAAUGAUAAUAUAUGGGAACUCGUAUUUUCUGAACGUGGAUAUGUAGAUAUGUUACUUAUUGUUAGAGAUUUAUAUAUGAAACCUUUCCCGAAAGUUGAUGUUAAUUCAGUAAUUGGUUUAUCUACGGAUCAUUUAUUAGGAGAUACAGAUUUAUGUACAGCUUUAUUCCCGUGUAUUAAUGAACUUGUUACUUCUCAUGAGAAAAUAUUUCGUGUUCUAGCUGGUUUACAUCUAGAACGUGAAGAUCAUAUUAUACCAUCAUUAGGAGCUUAUUUGGUUCAGUUAUUUGAUCAAGAAAGUCUUUCAUCCUUAUCACAGUUAUAUGGCCAUUUCCUAUAUGCACAAAAACGUAUUCGCGAACGUUUACAAACCUGUAAAAAUCAUGCACGAAUUGCAGCUUUCUUUCAGCAAGUGAAACAGAAUCCUCGUAGUUCACGUAAAUCAUUAGAAGAUUGUUAUAUGGUGAUUGUACAACGUUGGACUAAAGUAGAAACGUUACUUGAAUCAAUUAUACGAAAUACAUUAAAUGAUGAUAAAGAAGUUGCGAAUUUAGAAAUUUCUCGUAAAGCAGUCAAAUCACUAAUAAAAUCUUCAGAAACUAUAUUGACAGAAUUUGAAUACACUGGAAAAUUGAGAGAAUUUGCCAUGCGCCUAAAUGUAUCUGAUACGACGACUGGUACAACAAUGAUGUCAUUAUCAAAUAAUACUUCAUCGGAUGAAAUGCAAUUACUUAAUGAAUUGAACUCACCUAAUGCAAAGUUAAUUAAUCAUGGACGAUUAUAUGCUAAUCCAAUGGUUUCUGGUUGUGGACUACAGUCGAGUACAUCAUAUGAAGUAGAAGGUGUAGCGUUAAAAAGUUGCUUCUUUAUGCUACAAAAAAUACCGGAUUCAAAUCGAUACCAAUUAUUCCGUGGAACAGAAAUGCCUCCUAUUCUUUGGUGGGGCAAACAUUAUGGAUAUUUUAGAAAAUCAGGGGAGAAAGCCAGUUUCGGAUUUUACAUUCUUUUACAUUCCGCUACCGCCCUUACGUUAUUCCGUUGUGCAACUGUAGAUGAGUUAGCAAGAUGGGAAACUAUUUUCAAUGAUGGUUUUGCUCAAUGGCGAGAGCACAUGGAUACUUUUGAAAGUUUAUCUGAAGAGUUCUCUAAAGCUCGUGAUGAAAUUGCUGAAAAACAAAAACGAACAGAAGGUAUUCUUGAAUUACUAUACCAAUUAAAUGAUAAACGUCUUACAUUCUGGAAAAUUUGGGAAUUCAUUUCAUCUGUAUUAAUUAAUGAACGUCUAGCUGAAAUGGAAAUGCUAACGUCUAAAACAGAAUCAUUGUCUACAUCAACACAAAAUAAUUUAAAUCGUUCAAGUAUUAAAGUAGACAUAACAUCACCUCCAAUUACACCAAAUAUUAAUAAUAAUAAUAAUGCUCAACAAAUUACAAUCAUGGAUACGCUCAAGUUACAUACGUUUAUUUCAAAUCUUGAUACAUAUAAUGAUUUAGAUCAACUUUUUGAUUUAUUUCAUGAAUAUUUUUAUCGUUUGUCUUUCGCUCUCCUCAGUGGACCGUCUUCCAAUUUAUCCAGAAGUGCCUCAGAUGUAGAUGGUAGCAAACGGCCUCAAACAAAUUUAGUUAAAAAACACGAAACAUUUAGUGUACAUGAUAGUGUACCUGUGGCUAAUGAAUUACGAUCGUCAAUUGAUGUUGGUCGUAUGAAAUCAAAAAAGAGAGAUGUUCAUCGACUUAGUGCUACUAUGGCUAGUAUAUUCCGUACACCUAGUCGGGAUAAACAUUUUACUUUGAACAAUCAAUCAUCUACAGAUCAUGGUACAAAUGGCUGUGGUAUCAAUACAACUGGAACAUAUAAAUCCAUUAAACAACGCCAACCUUUAUCUUCUUCCUCACGUACUCAACAACAAUUAUCAGGUCCUCCUCUACCUCCACGUCCACCACCUACAGUUAUAGCUAAUUUAAAUCUCACUGGGGGGAGCGGAGCAGGAGUUGGUGUUAAUGAACAACUUUCGCCAACCAGUCAAUUAUCACUCAAUCCUGACAGUUUAACUGAUGUAUCGAAUUCAUUGAUUGCUUCAGAUCAACCAUCUUCCGAGUCAUUAAUAUUACUUGGGGCAUUAAAUCACAUAGCUGGUGCCCUCUUUCCUCAAAUACAAUUAUUACGUACAGAAAAUGUUGAAUUACGUUCUACUAUUAAUAAAUUAGAAAUUGAACAAUCUAAUUGGAAACAUUUUCGUAAUCGUGAUAAUCAAUUAAUUAUGCGUACUUCUUCAUUAAAUACUGGUAAUAGUAAUAUCACUCAUACAGAUCAUUUGAAUAAUUAUUUCAUGGAUAAUACAACAGUAAAACAAGAAACAGAAAAAUUACGUCAAGAUUAUGAAAAUUUUACUAAAAAAUCACAUGAUUGGGAAAAAGAAUAUCAAAAACAACGUUCUACUAUUGAAAGAGAACAUAAUAAAAUUGCUAAAGAACGUGAAUUAUUAGAAAAUGAACGUACUGAAUUAGAAUAUCGUCAACGUCAAUAUGAAGAAUUACGUAGUACAUUACAAGCACAAUUAAAUAUAUAUAAAAAAAUGGGUUUAAAAUUAACACCUAUCAAUAGUACAGAACUUCAAGAACUUCAAGCAAGUUGUAAUACAAAUGAUUUUAAUUCACAAUUAAACCAAAGUAAUUCCUCUAUAAUAACCAAUUCAUUUGAUGAUUAUUUAAAUGAAUUAUCUGGAAAUAGUAAUACUGAAACUAAUCGAGUCAAUUCUGGUGGUAUCAAUGAUUUUACAAAACCAAUACAUUUUUAUUCAAAUAGUGAUGAUUUAACAGGAUCUCGACGUGCUAUUACUAGUCAUUCUAAUGAUGUAAAACAAAGCUAUCUAUAUUCUACAGAUAUUGAUCAUAAUCCAAAACCAUCACUUGUACCGUCGAGUUCAACACGAAGUGAUAAUGUACCGGUACAUUUACGUGGAAGUUUAGUCAAUCAAAAUAAUAUGCGUGGACAGCCUAGUAGUCCACGUUCAUCAGAUAUUCUAUCGGACAAUAAUAAUCGUAGCAAUUCAUCAAAUGAAACAUCAAUAUCUAAUAUUAAUACUUUAACUCAUGGUAUUGGAAAAUCUAUUCCUAGUUCUUCAUCUUCUUCAUUGUUUACUGAUUCAAAUCCUCUAAUGAAAUUAGUUGAUCAUACAAAAGUACGAACAUCAGGUUCACUGACUAAAUCAAAAAAAUCUUAUCGUUCUAGAUCACGUCAAAAAGAUACUUAAUUGAAUUUCUUCCACUUUUAUUAUUCAUUGAAUAAUUAUGCCACAUUGAUUCAUCUACAUUGUGUUUGACUCAAUUUUCUCUUUUAUUUUGUAGAAUUAUUAUACAUUUAUAUCUGUGUAUUAUAAUGCGUUUGUUUCUUAUUCCAUGAAAUAUUUUACUCUUUAUUAUAUUUCUGAAAUAUUUCCUCAUGAAUUGAUUAUGUAAUGAUUGUUUAAUUGUCAGAUUUACUGAUAUCACCCGAUUAACUUACCCAAUGGUCUGUAUACUUACAUUAUAUAUAUAUAUAUAUUGCCCUAUGUAUAUUUUUCAAGGACGAUAAUAAUAAUAAUGUGCCUUAGGAGGUUUUGUUCAUGGAAAUGUAAUCCAGCAUCCUAAUGAUGCAUAUGUACAUGUACAAUAUUUUCUUCUAUCUAUCUAUGAAAGUACUUCAAUAUUCUCAUAUUCCUGUAUACAACUAUACAAAUGUAUUUCUUCCAGAUGUAAUCAUCAUCAUCAUGUGCAAAAAGAGUAAAUAAGAACACAAUUUGUUUAUAAUUUGUCUUUCAGAUUUUAUUUUGUUCAAUGUUUUACUCAUUAAUUUAUUGUUUAUAUCAAAAAAAGGGAAUGACAUGUUGUUGUUGUUUCUUUUAAUGUUUCUUCUAUUCUAUGGAAUGUUUUGUUUCAUUCACAUUGAAGGCUCUGUCUGCCUUCAUUACAUACUUUUCUCGUUGUUGAUUAUAUAUAUAUAUAUAUAUAUAUAUAUAUAUAUAUAUAUAUAUAUAUAUAUAAUUAGAAUUACGAUCUUCCAUAUAUUCGAAUAUAUGACUACUGCAAUGAUGAACUAUGGUGAUUUUACGUUAUAUAUAUAAUAACCUUUGUUAUUAAUAGUUCUCAUUAUUAACUUUGAAUAACUAGAUGUAUAUCAGUAAAUUAUUUAUUAUAAUGUGUUAUUGUUUUUCUUUCCAACGACCGUUUCUGUUAACAAUCUUAUUAGAAGAGAUACAAUGACAUUGUUCAUGUGAAAUACUCUCUUUAAACAUGUUGGUGUAUAGUCAAGAAAUGUCGGUGUUCUUUGUUUUUGUAGUAGUGUAGUGAACGGGAACAAAAGUUGGGACAGUUGAAUGUAAUUAAACACAAAAUUACAGAAUAUCUUAGUAAAAUCUGAGAAUCAUACAGUAAAUUCCUCAUUUGUCAAUCAAUUGUCUUAGACUUCACUGUUCUUUCGUUUCCAUACCAAUCCUUGUUUGUUCUUGUUCUCUUAUUUUGAUUUUCUUAAUCUUGUGCCUCCAGGUAUUUCAAUUGAUGAUUGAUACUACUUAUAUGAAUCAAUAUCAGUAGCACACGCCACAGUAGUACUGUUCCAAUAUCACUGAAACAUUUCCCAUUCUUUAUAAACUUAUAACGUUCGGUUUUACUUUGUCUACACAUAUGGGACGUUAAUUU